UUGUGUUGCGUCAAACAGAAUUUCAAAAACUAAAAGUCAUUUAGCCGAGGCAUAGUUUUUGUAAUUUUGGCUAAAAGUUAUUUUAUUUUGAAUAAACGCGUAGAAUAUUAGCAAAUAAAUAUGCCGGACCAUCUAGGAGAUGAUAUGCGCAAAGUUAAAGAUGACAAAGAAGAGCCAGAAAAGGAAAUUAAGUCUCUUGAUGAAGGAGAUAUAGCUUUAUUGAAGUCAUAUGGGCAAGGACAGUACACUAAAAUUAUCAAGGAUGUAGAAGAAGGUAUCCAGACUGUGAUGAAGAGGGUGAAUGAGCUGACUGGUAUUAAGGAGUCUGACACUGGGCUGGCUCCUCCAGCACUGUGGGAUCUUGCUGCUGACAAACAGACAUUGCAGAAUGAACAGCCAUUACAGGUAGCAAGAUGUACAAAGAUCAUCAAUGCUGACUCAAAUGAUCCCAAGUACAUCAUCAAUGUGAAGCAGUUUGCCAAGUUUGUGGUGGACCUCGCAGACUCAGUGGCUCCCACUGACAUUGAGGAGGGAAUGAGGGUCGGGGUGGACCGCAACAAGUACCAGAUCCACAUCCCGCUGCCGCCCAAGAUCGACCCGACGGUGACCAUGAUGCAGGUGGAGGAGAAGCCGGACGUGACGUACAGCGACGUCGGCGGCUGCAAGGAGCAGAUCGACAAGCUGCGCGAGGUCGUCGAGACGCCGCUACUGCACCCAGAGAAGUUCGUGAAACUGGGUAUCGAGCCGCCCAAGGGAGUUCUCCUGUUCGGGCCGCCCGGCACCGGUAAGACUCUGUGUGCGCGAGCCGUCGCCAACCGGACCGACGCCUGCUUCAUCAGGGUUAUUGGUUCCGAGCUGGUGCAGAAGUACGUGGGCGAGGGCGCGCGCAUGGUGCGCGAGCUGUUCGAGAUGGCGCGCAGCAAGAAGGCCUGCCUCAUCUUCUUCGACGAGAUCGACGCCAUCGGGGGCGCUAGGUUCGACGACGGCGCCGGAGGGGACAAUGAGGUGCAACGCACCAUGCUCGAGCUGAUCAACCAGCUCGACGGGUUCGACCCCCGCGGGAACAUCAAGGUCCUUAUGGCGACCAACCGCCCCGACACGCUAGACCCGGCGCUCAUGCGUCCCGGUCGUCUGGACCGCAAAGUGGAAUUCGGACUACCAGACCUGGAGGGGCGCGCGCACAUCUUCCGCAUCCACGCGCGCUCCAUGUCCGUCGAGCGCGACAUCCGCUUCGACCUGCUCGCUAGACUGUGCCCCAACUCCACGGGCGCCGAGAUCAGGUCCGUCUGCACAGAGGCUGGCAUGUUUGCGAUCCGCGCGCGGCGUAAGGUGGCCACAGAGAAAGACUUCCUGGAAGCAGUCAACAAGGUCAUCAAGUCAUACGCCAAGUUCUCAGCCACCCCGCGCUACAUGACCUACAAUUAAGAAGAAAAAACACGGAUCUUGUCUAUGCUUCUGCUGUUAUUUUCUAAUCUGGAUUUGUUUCUGGUCUGUGGUGGUUUGCCGCCGUUUUCUGUGACGCAUUUAUUUUCUUAGUUUACCAGCGUUUCAACAUUAAAUUCAGCUAGAAUAUUUAUAGCAGAGGCAUAGAAUGAGAUCGGCUUUUGAUUAUACCUAUGUAUUAGAUUGUAUUUACUAAUAAUUUUCGUAAAUAAAAUAUUGAAAAACGAA